UGAAGCACAUAAGAUUGGACGAACCAAAACCUCACGGAUUCUCUUACAUAUCCACCGUCCUUCACUUUCACCCUCUGCAACUUCCACAUCUCCUUCUUCUUUUCCAGAUUCUUGUCCGAGAAACUUCCUUCAUUUUCGUCUCAAAAUGCCGAUCAACAGAGACCCAUCAACACCUCCGCCUGUCAUCGGCAAAAUCGGGCCGUACACUGUCUUCAUGACUCCCCCGGCGACUCCAAAACCACCUGAAUCUCCUUCCGCCGUGUCUCAGAAGCCCAUCGUUCAACCGCCGGUUCUUCCUCCUCCGCAGCAGUUUAAAUCGGUGGCUUCCUCUGAGCAGGACGGCUCAGUUUUAGGGUUCUUCAAAAACGCCGUCACAAAGGUUCAAAAUGCACACUCAAGCGUGGAUGAUCAUUUGGUGAGAUGGUUUGGGUUAAACCAAUCUAAGUACCAGUGGGCUUUGGACGAGUACUAUGAAGGCAAAGGAUCUGAAAUGAAGAGUGUGGAAGCCAAGGAGAUGCCCGGGAAAGUACAAAGCGUAUAAGCAACAAUGUAUAUCCCCACUUCUUGUCCCCUUGGCUAGUUUCCCAAACCUGUUUAUCUGAGAGAGAAACAAAAAACGUUCGAGUCCUGACGAAAGUUUUAUUCAGAUGAUAGAUUUGUUUUGGUAUAUUUGAGAGUUCUUGGUAGUUUUUUUUCAUGUAUUAGUGGUGAAAUCUCCAAAGGAAAAUGGAGUUGCACUGAUCAUUUGGUUUGUUGUAAGUUUAGUCACAUUGGUUAUUGUUUACCCUAUCCGUUAUACUGUAUUAUAAUUUAUAUA